AUGUUUCGAUCUCUCUUCCGGAGAAAUCGCACUAUCCGCGUGCCUGUCGACGGGUCCAACAGUCACCAGGUUCGCCAGGUUCGAGUCUUCAAUAGGGCCCUCUCGAAGCCCUCCAGUUUUAUAACCACUUUCUUCGUUGGCUAUUUCAUUUUCCGAGUGCUCGACUCUUAUGCUACUGGUACUGAUACCAACAAACCGCCUCAGAGUUGGGAAGAGUGGAAGAAAAAUCAUCAGGAAUCAGUCGGUGAAAAUGACUCGCAAUUUAGUGAGCAGUGGAAGAAGGCACACAAAGCCAUCCAGAACUCGAACACGACACCAAAACCUCUAGAGCCACAGAUUGUUGGCCAACCGUCUGAUGUCAUAUCGACUUUGACCCUACCUAUAUGGUUUCGGGAGAAGAGGAGUCCUUUGUACAAACCGGACGAUCAAGAAUUCAAGGACUUCGCUAAAUUACAGGCUGACGAGAAGAAAACUAGAGACUUGAAGGUUUCCGUAGCACGCACGGCUGCUCAAAGGCUAUCUCAACCUUCCCAUCAAAAUGCACUCAAGCACAUAGGCUGGGACCAUGGCGAAGUACAUGUCUUUGUUGAACUGGUUCCCCAACUACUUCCUCCACCAUUGUAUCAAGUGCCAGCCAUUAUCUUCUUUAAAGAUGGUGUCAGCCUUGGCUGGAAGACCCUGCGACCAGAUUUGGGAACCAAGAUGGAGGCCGUCUUCAGACCAAGUGCCACUUGGGUAGCAGCUAAAGCUUCUCUGAAGGCCUUUUUCGUCUCUUCUUACACGAUUGCCAAGGCGAAGCUUUCUGGGCGUGACCCUCCUGGAAUGCACGGGACGGGCUUCUGGAAACGAACACUAGCGGACAACUUAACAAAAGACCCAUCCAGUGGCAAUGUCAACCCACCGAACGUGCAAUGGUCCAUGGAUCAACAAUCUGUGCAAGAACUUGUGCGAUCCAUACACAAUAAUCACGACACAAGAGAGCGACAUGACGGACUGCUUAAGAAUGUCCCUCUUUCUGCUGCCAUCGAAGUCGCUGCACACGUCUUUAGACACAGACAACUCGUUGAGAUUGCUCACAAGCAGACUCAUAUGGCCAGGGGUGCCGUUCAGAUCAAAGGAGUCCUUGCCUGUAAGGGCAAGGUGGGUAUGUACAAGGUCAAUUUCAUGGCCGUCUAUCUGCCCUCCGAAGAUAGAUUUGUGGGACCUGUAACACUACAUCAGCCCUACAUUGUCAAGGAUUACCAAAAGGUGCAGCAAAUGGAAGACCAAAACAAGAAGGCCCUACGCGAUAGCCAAGUUGCUAAACAGGAGAAAGUAGAAGUCCAGGCUCAAUUGGCAUUGCUGAAACCGAAGCAGGAUGACGAAGAACAGAGUGUAGACUCGACAAAGCCGAAGUCAGAGAGCGAAGAUCAAAGCAACGGUAUUGCGAAACCACCCACUGGAAAGGAAAACAAAUGA